UAACAAUUACAUCAUUUGUUAAAACAAAAGCUCUACUCUUCUCUCUCUCUAUGAGUAUAUGAAGGAGUAUUGUAUCAGAAGAAUCUAUGAUAGAGUGGAAAAGUGUGAUAAAAAUUAUUAGAGAGAAAGACAGGAACCCACGCAAGAUAUAAGGGCUGCUCCACAUUUGUCCUCAUCGGUGAGAGCGGCCGGUGACAUAUAUAUUUAAGGACAACAUAGAUUAUAGGGUAUAGGCCGGAGGGUAUGGGUCAUCAGUGCUGCAGCAAACAAAAGGUAAAGAGAGGGCUUUGGUCUCCGGAAGAAGAUGAGAAGCUUAUCCAACACAUCACCUCUCAUGGCCAUGGCUGUUGGAGUUCUGUCCCUAAACUAGCUGGGUUGCAAAGGUGUGGAAAGAGUUGCAGAUUGCGGUGGAUAAACUACUUGAGGCCAGAUCUAAAGCGAGGCUCAUUUACAGAUGAAGAAGAAAGGAUGAUAAUAGAUGUUCAUAGAAUUCUUGGUAAUAGAUGGGCUCAAAUAGCCAAGCACUUGCCUGGCAGGACUGAUAAUGAAGUCAAGAACUUUUGGAAUUCUUGCAUAAAAAAGAAGCUUCUUGCUCAAGGCUUAGACCCCAACACUCAUAAUCUCCUCUCUUCAAACCAACCCACCAAGAAUAAAAGAAAACCCAACCACCAUUCAACAACCAAAACCACCACCCAUCACCAUCAAGCCUCCGCCCUCCACCACCCUUCCACGGCGGCCACUUUCACCAUAGUAGAGACUUCACCUCACAAUCAUCAACACAUUAAUAUGGAAAUGAAAGCUGCCAUUUCAUCCUCCCCCCUUUUCGACGCCGCUACCAAUAAUAAUCUCUUCCAUUCAUACUCUUUCGACUACCAAAACCCUACCAACUGCAUGAUGGAUUUCCGGAGUUGCUCUUCCAUUGAGAGUACUAAUACUUCUUCCUUUAUUCCUCCGUCCGGGUAUGGUUCCAUGUUUGGUGGAACUCAAACAUUUGAACCACAACGGGUCGCAGAAAUGGAAACGCUACAAGAACGUCGACCUGAACAGGCGAAAGAGGAAGUGUACAAGGUUGUUAUUAGCAGUACGGAUCAUUGUCAUCAGUUCAACAAUAAUAUUGCGCAGAACACGGAGAUCAUUAGCACGUUUGAAGGCUCUACUAUUAAUAGCUUCGACUUUGAUGAGUUCAUGGAGGAUCCGACUUUGAUGCCUUGUGGUGGUGGUGGUGGGGGAGAAGAGUAUUGUAAUGAAGAUCAUGUUGAUGAUGAUCAGCUUGCGUGGGAUUGCUAGCUAGCUAAUUUCUUAUCAAUUAUUGUUUAGUCAACAAAAUCUUGAAAAUGUUGGUAGCUAGAUCUGAAGAUGUACUAUCUCUCUUGCUUUCUUGAGCAUUCAUAUCUUCAAAGUAACUCUUUGUACAUGAGGGGUGCAACAGAACCAACUAGUCCUAUCUUUUUCUGUUUGUAAAUCAUAUGCUUCCUCACCCUAAUUUAGAGUGCAAGUUUUAUGGGCUCUUGUAUUUCCAAAAGAGUUAGGAGUAAUAUAC